AUGAAAUAUUUUGUUGGAGCUAUCCUUUUUGUUUACUUUAUCGCAACACUUGCCAACUCUACUGUUAAACCGACGAAAGAAGCUCAUUGCAACGUGAAUAAUAACUACAACAGCUUCUACGCCGGACCAAACUGCAAGAAAAUCGAGCAACAACUAGAGGAAAUACGGCAAGAAAUCAGGGCAUUGAGAGAAAAUAAAACUAAUGGGUCUGACAACGGAAAAGGUUUGUAACAACAACUUAAUAUGUACUAGAAAUGAGAAAAGUGGAUCCUUAUUGUCAUCAAUGUCUCUCUAAAAUACCAUCAAAACCCCUUGCAAAAUGUCGCUGAAAUAGUACAAGUAUUCUUAUUUUAUCUCUUAUUUUAUACGUCCUUCAUAAGACUAUUUUCUCAACAAAUUAUUUAUGUCUACCUUGAAGAACAACGCCUAUGGAAAAAAAAACGAAAAAAAAAAAUAAUAAUAAUUCAAUCAGAUGGUCAUUUCGUUUUCAGUUUACAAGAACUGCGCUGAAGUCUACAAGUCCGGUGACAAGAUCAGUGGAGUGUAUAAAAUCAAUCCUGAUGGUUUGGGUGAAUUUGAAGUGUUCUGUGAUCAGAAAACAGCCGGUGGAGGUUGGACGGUGUUUCAGAAGAGGCGAGAUGGCUCUGUUGAUUUCUUCCGCGCUUGGGAUGAUUACAAACGCGGUUUUGGCAAUCUGAACGGUGAGUUCUGGCUCGGUUUGGACAAGAUUCAUCGGCUGACUGUAAGCGGUGGUUAUAAACUCCGUGUCGACUUGGAAGACAUUCAUGGAAAAACUGCAUUUGCCGAGUACAGCUCCUUCUCUGUGACAAGCGAGAGGGCGAAAUACCAACUGAAUUUGGGAAGUUAUUCAGGUAAGUUUAUACAAGACUGAAAAAAGAAUCAGUCGGCGAAAAAUGUUACAAAUUGGCAAAUACAAUAACAAGACAAAAGAAAGAAAGAAAGAUGAUAAGAUUUUUUUAUUGCCCAAGUGAUCGCGAUUGGAAUGUGAAAGUUGUUAGUUGAUUUUUACAGCAACAGUUGACCUAUAUUUGUAAUGUCAUAUUAGAUUAUAUCAAAAAGUUUAAAAAGGAUUUGCCCGCGUCUUGAGAGUUCAGAAAUUACGGUAUUUCACUGAAUUGUCAGCAAGUAUAAGAUCUCCACCGGUUUCGUAACUUUACCAAGUUCGUUUUGAGGCGGUCUUUUUAGACCUUUCGGAGGACGUUUUAAUUUAAUUUUGUUUAACAACCCUAGAAGUGCUUCUUCCUGUUUGGAUUAAUUUAAGUGGACUAGGAUUGUUUAUGCACAAGUGAAAUUGACCGGUUGAAAAACUCUGCGAAAGAUAACAGGGAAAUCUAAGACCUAUAAUUUGCUUUUCCCCCUUUUUGUAGGAACUGCUGGUGAUGCACUUGGUCCAGGUCAUCGUGGUAUGUCAUUUUCCACCAAGGAUCGUGAUAACGAUAAAUACAAAGCAAACUGUGCCUUGCUUUAUAAAGGCGCCUGGUGGUACAGCGAUUGUCACAACUCCAACCUGAAUGGUCUGUACCUCAAUGGUAAGGACGAUUGUCAAGGAAUGCGCUGGCUCCAUUGGCCGAAGGGUCGCUGCUACUCUGUCAAGAAAACUGAGAUGAAGAUACGUCCAAAAGAUUUUUGA